AUGAAAGCAAAUAUAAUGUUUUGCCUUCUGGCGCCUCUGGUAGCCGCUCUCCCGGCCGGAUUCAUUCAAUUGGAGCCUGAACUUGCCGCCCGCCGCGUUAAUAUUACUGAGAGAAUGGCUGAUUUGGAGGAUCGACAAGCCUCUGUGAGCAUUGAUCAGCUCUUCAAAAGGAAAGGCAAAGUUUAUUUUGGAACUGCGACUGACCGUGGCUUACUCCAACGAGAACGAAAUGCGGCCAUUAUCCAGGCUAAUCUUGGCCAAGUGACGCCAGAGAAUAGCAUGAAAUGGCAGUCCCUUGAGCCUAAUCAAAACCAGUAUAAUUGGGGAGAUGCAGAUUACCUCGUCAACUUCGCUCAACAAAACGGCAAGACGAUACGUGGACAUACUCUGAUUUGGCACUCACAGCUACCUAAUUGGGUCAAUAACAUCAAUAAUGCAGAUACUUUGCGCCAGGUUAUCCGUACUCAUGUUCUCACUGUUGUCGGAAGAUAUAAAGGAAAGAUUCGCGCUUGGGAUGUAGUAAACGAGAUCUUCAACGAGGAUGGAACACUACGCUCUUCUGUGUUUUCUAGACUGCUAGGCGAAGAGUUUGUCUCGAUUGCUUUCCGUGCUGCUCGAGAAGCUGAUCCGUCUGCUCGUCUCUACAUCAACGAUUACAAUCUCGAUGUUGCCGGGUCUAGUAAAGUCAACUUAAUGAGAUAUUAUGUGGAUAAAUGGAUCUCUCAAGGAGUCCCCAUUGACGGCAUCGGAACUCAAACCCACAUCGGUGCUGGAGGAGGUGCCUCUGUACAAAGUGCACUUCAGCAGCUAGCUACAGCACCAGUCACUGAAUUGGCCAUUACUGAACUUGACAUCGUGGGCGCACCGUCGAACGAUUACAGCGCAGUUGUUCGAGGAUGUUUGAACGUCCCUAAGUGCUUGGGAAUCACCGUGUGGGGUAUUAGCGACAAAGACUCGUGGCGUUCAGGCUCCAGUCCCCUUCUAUUCGACAGCAACUUCAAUCCCAAAGCAGCGUACAACAGUAUUGUAAGCAUUUUACAAUAA